AUGGCCAACGAUCGCUCCACCUCACCUAUCAACGUCCCCGCCUCCGAAUCCCGCCCUCGACGAGGCUCUAUUGCCUCAGGCUUGCCUUUCACUGAUCUCUUUUCGAAGCAGAAUAGUCAGUCGGCCAAAGAGGCCGCGAGUGCUCAGGCAAACCAACGACGACUGUCCAUCACUACACUGGGACUAUCCGGAUCCCCAACCCAGACAUCUGCCUUCGGAAGUCGCUCCUUCCGUCGAGGUAGUCUGUCCAGCUCGUGGGGAUCCAACGCCCAAAAUGAGGAUGCAGUGGCGGAGGAUGCUGAGGCAAACUCCCCCAACUCUCCCUUUGCUCGACGGACCUCGUUUGGAGCCCAGGCUCUCCGAGAGGCCAGAACUGGCAGCAUAGGCAAUGGUAGAGUACCCUCCUCCUUGCUCGCAGGGAGUAAUCCUCCUGCUCGCUCUGCAAGUAUCGCCACUUCUCCCCAGGAUGAGAGAUCUAACGCAUCCCGCCGAUUAGGCGAAGGCUUUAACUGGUCGGAAGCCCUCCGUACCAGAGCCGAACGUGCCCCGUCCAUCGGUGGCCCCGUUUCCCCUGCCUCAGCGGCCCGUCACCCCCACCACCAGCGUGCGGCCUCUAUUGCCUCUAUGGAGCAACCUAUUCGGGAAAUCCCUAAGCAGCCUAAGCAGAAAAAGCCCGAUUUCUUCCAGGAGAAGAUUCUCCGAGGCGAUUUUAUGGACUAG